AUGCGCAGACCGAGACAGGGAGGCGGGGGUGCGGGAGGCUCCGCGGCUGCGCGGGCGCGUGCUGGUGGCCUCGGCGGCGGCUCAGUCCCGGCCCGCGCCCGCGGCGCCCCAGCUGCGGCCCGAGCGGCCUGGCUGCGGGAUCUGUGCGCAGCGAUGGCGCGGCCGCUCCGGCAGCACCCGAGGGUCUGGACGCCGCUGCUCCUGCUGUUGCUGACGGGACCCGCCGCCUGCGCAGCCAGCCCAGCGGACGACGGUGCGGGCCCGGGGGGCCGGGGACCCCGGGGCCGCGCGCGGGGGGACACGGGCGCCGACGAGGCGGUGCAGCGCCACGACUCCUCCUACGGCACCUUUGCGGGGGAGUUCUACGACCUGCGCUACCUGUCGGAGGAGGGUUACCCCUUCCCUACUGCUCCUCCUGUGGAUCCAUUUGCCAAAAUCAAAGUGGACGACUGUGGAAAAACUAAGGGAUGCUUUAGAUAUGGCAAACCAGGCUGUAAUGCAGAGACCUGUGACUACUUCCUCAGCUACCGGAUGAUAGGGGCUGAUGUGGAAUUUGAGCUGAGUGCAGACACAGAUGGUUGGGUAGCAGUUGGAUUCUCUUCAGACAAGAAAAUGGGUGGUGAUGAUGUCAUGGCCUGCGUCCAUGAUGACAAUGGCAGGGUCCGCAUACAGCACUUCUAUAAUGUAGGCCAGUGGGCAAAGGAGAUUCAGAGAAACCCUGCCAGAGAUGAAGAAGGAGUUUUUGAGAAUAAUCGCGUCACCUGCAGAUUUAAACGCCCUGUGAAUGUUCCCAGAGAUGAAACAAUUGUUGAUCUGCAUUUGAGUUGGUAUUAUCUGUUUGCUUGGGGUCCAGCCAUUCAGGGCUCUAUCACUCGACAUGAUAUAGACUCACCACCAGCUUCAGAGCGUGUUGUCAGUAUUUACAAGUAUGAAGACAUUUUUAUGCCAUCAGCUGCCUAUCAAACCUUCUCAUCUCCAUUUUGUUUGCUUCUGAUUGUUGCUCUGACCUUCUACCUAUUGAUGGGAACCCCCUAACCACAACUGCAGGGCCAACAGAUUACAUGGAUUGGGAAGUCUUUAGUAUAAAUAUAUUUUUAAAGAAUAUCCAGUAUAAUUUUAGCUUCAAUUAUUUAAGAAAAAAAACCGUCAUAUAAUUUCAGCUUUUUGGAAGAAAGAACAAGCUUCUUUUCUAGUCAAAGAAGAUUGUUUAAUAAUGACCCUAUACUUUUGGAAUGUACUUACACCUUUUCUAAGCACUUUCAAAUAUGUUUUCUUCUUUAACUUCGCAACAUCUGUGAGUUGGAUUGAUGAAAAUUAUGAUUGCCAUCUUCCUGAAUGGGAUUUGAGACCCAAAAAGACCGCCUUUUUAUGAUCUACAUACCAUAUAACUUUGGCUAGAAAUGAAAAAUAGAAAGGCAGAGAAAGAAUUAGGUAUAGAAAUAAUGUCUCAAAACAGUCUUUAGUAGGAGUGCCAUAGCACAGAGAGUUAUUUUGAGUAUUACUAGGGAGAACUUUACUGAAUGUCAUAAGUUCACAGUCAGCCUUUUGGGGAGAAGAACUUUCAAAUCUCCGUAAAGCAGAAGUGCUUUGGAUAUUACGCAGCCAGUGGGGAGAUUGGAGGAAAAUACAAUGAUACGAAAAUAGUUCAUAUUUAUUUGAAAUUUUGGCCAAGCACGGUGGCUCACGCCUGUAAUCCCAGCACUUUAGGAGGCCGAGAUA